AGCACCAUAAACUGGCCAGGACCAAUAAUGGCUUUAGAAACCAAGUGGAGAAGUUCUCACAAUUAAGGUGGGGAAUGAGGACAGCUAUGGACAGGCACAUAAAUACAUAGAAAGGCAGCUCUGUGUGCACACUGUGGGCUCUGGGACUGAGACAACACCUCCUGCUCCGACCUUGGCUUGGGCUAAAGAGCUUCCUGCAGCAUGAGGGCUACAGGUGCCUUAGUGCUUCUCAGCCUGCUGCUGCUCUCUUUCUUCACGGUUCCAGAUGUAGCAGGUCAAGAGAUUGAAGAGAUCUGUAGGGAGUUCCUAAACAGAAGUGUGUACUGCACAAGGGAGUCCAACCCUCACUGCGGCACGGAUGGCGUCACGUAUGGGAACAAGUGUGCCUUCUGCAAGGCAGUGCUGAGAAGUGGAGGGAAAAUAAGAUUGAAGCACCUGGGGAAAUGCUGAGUCCUGCCUGGACCGAGCAGCAGGAGCUGAGCCGCCCUCGACCGCGGACACGGGAGCAGCCUGUCCUCCCUCUGCUGUCUCUGCUCAAUAAAAUAACACUCAGCACCA